UGCGAUGGAGGCAUUGCGGGCCAAGAAGGAAGAGCUCCUAUUCGCGCAGAAGGAGCGCGCCGAUAGGUUCCACGAGCUACUCACGGGGCUCAACGAAGCCAGCCGAAAGACGUGCAAGAACUUGGAGGCGGCGAUCACGGCCUCCAAGAAGCCGGGCUACUUUCUCUACUACGAGCAGCCCGAUGUCGCCAAAGCCAUCGUCAAGAACGGCGAGCUGCGCAAGCUCCAAUCGGCGAUCGUGCAAUUGCAGCAAAAGAUCGACCAAGUCGACGCCGAAAUUGAGGUCCAAGCCGCGAAAUCGUCGGCGCCGGCGCCAGCCGAGGUGCAGACGCUUAAGCAGUGGUUCUCGACGUACGGGACACCCAAGCCCGUGACGUCCGGUGUCCUCACGAGCUUUGCGGCCGACCCCAAGGUCUAUGGUGGCACCGAGCACUACUCGGCGUUCAAAUCCCAGUCGCUCACAAUGAAGAAAGGCCGGCUCACAAAGUAGACUCGAAGAAACAAACACAAAAGUGGA